ACAUUUAGGGUAAUUAACAACUUCAUCGGAAGUAUUGCUCGCAGUCAUUAAUGUUUUCUGAACCAAAGUGACUACAUAUGACAUAUUUUCCAAUAUAAGACUUCGCAGGUCUCCCGAGGCGUCACUCGACAGUAAUCGACGUUAAAGAUAAUUCUAGCUAAGUAAUCAUUCAGUGGACUAUCACAAAUGGUGUUCGGUUUCAACUGAUCUUUUCUUGGAAGUUAUGGUUGAAGACUAUUACGUCUAUGCGAAUAACAAUAAUAGCAAUUUCCUGCGAAGAACACGACUCAAUUGUUGCUGCUGCAGCUUGGUUCCAAGAUGUCACAGAAGGACAGCAACAUUCUCGAUCUGCUGAAAGGAAACCUGGUAAAAGGCGACAAAGACUUUGAGCUAACGGACGAAGAGUGUAUAGGCUUUUAUUUCUCCGCAAUGUGGUGCCCCCCAUGCCGCGGGUUCACACCUAAACUGGUGUCAUUUUAUAACAAGGUCAAAUGCCAAGGAGAAAAGUUCGAGAUCAUCUUCAUGAGUGGUGACUUUGACGAGGAAACAUUCCAUGAGUACUACGCAGAGAUGCCAUGGGCGGCACUGAAGUUUGACCUUUCAUCGAUAAAGGAUACAAUUUCGGAGAAGUUCAACAUUAUCGGGAUACCAAACCUGGUUAUAGUGGAUAAAGCCGGAAACCUCAUUACAACCAACGGCAGAGGCGCCGUGCUGAAACAGUUCGGGGAAACAGUCAGUCUUACGUGGACAUAGGGAACCAGUAUGUUACAUAUAGACAGGCGUUCACGAACAUCUGAGUAUUCGCUUAAUAUCAAGAAUUGUGUCAACCAGGAACAUAUUAUUUGAUAGUUAUUCAAGUAAAUUGUAAGGAACGAACAAUUAUAAACGCUUACUUAAUAAUAUUUAUAUUUUGAUGAAUUUAACCUUUAUUUUUUUGUAUAUUUCUUGAAAUAAUUUCGGGCCCAUAUACGCCAAGUUAAUUAGUUUCUA